UUAAGGCAGUGUGAACUGAAAUCAUAUGUAUGCCGUAUCUCCAGUGUAUAUAUAUGUAGAUAUCACUGGCUUACAAGUUUAGUUAUAAAACUUCUGCCAUAGCCAUGAAGAUCUGCGUCGCCUUUGCUGCCCUCGUAGCCGUCUGCCUUGCGGCUACAACUCAAAAGCCUCAUCACCAUACACACGAGCCAAAUGAGGGAGAAUCGUUCACAUUUGCUUAUAAUGGUCACACGCAUGACUUUAUUGUGAGGCAUCGUGCGGGAAAGACAUACAUAUGUUACGUCGCAACAGUGACAGCAGACGAGAUGCAUCUGGUUCACACAGACGCUGGAAUGAGAAGUCUUGAACUGAGAAUAUUGGGACUACUUUCUUCAGCAACAGAAGUUCAGCCGUCUGCCAUUGACGCAGGUAACGUGAAAUUGUGUGGCCACCCUCAUAACGCAACAGUGAUUUACAAGACAAUUUCAUAAACCAGGGUUGAAAUAUUCCAGUGUAUUCUUUAAUUUUGAAUAAAUUUUAAAAUAAAUUAAUCUGAAUGUUG